UCCGAUAAAGGGAAUGACACUUGUCGUGACCCAGGGAUAGGCUGCAGUCUAUGUCUCAUAUAGGGUAAAGGACUGCUGUCACGUUGAAUAUUCACUGAGAGGGAAUCAUGUGAAAUAAUGUGCUAAUUUCCUCUCUGCGGAGAAAGCGUGCCGUUGAAUGUGGCUCCAGGUAGUGCGAACACCCAAAUGAUGCCACUGUGGAGAGUGAGAAAACUGUGAUUGUAAUCGCAGACAUAGGCGGAGGGAAUCGCCGUGGUGAUUAUUAUUUUUAUGGACGCGCCCGGUGUGUAUGUUUGCGCGUGUCAGUCGUGUAACACAAUCAUGUUACAGAGCUCGUAAAUCGAGAGGAGCGCCAGUGCAUCAACUACAUCGAUGUAUUGAUCUACCCUCAUGCCGCUAGAAAGGACGCUCAAUUUGUAGGCAAACACAACGUGCCGCUGUAUCUCGAGGAGCGUCAAGAGAACAGAAGCAAGCAAGCAAUUACAUAUUUGGUUGACAACUAUUGCUGACAACUCACGAAGAUUACCGACAAGGACUAAAUACUUGCUUUUGAAAGUGGAUGAGACUGUCUGCAUGUCAUUCCCGUAGGACCGCAAUAAGUACAGGAGAGACCCGGGAGACAGCGGGCGCCAUGAGGCGGCGAGGAGGGCUUGAGAGAGAGGAGACAUCGUCCUUCAUCAUCCACAGCAUCGGGCAGUGCAGGAAGUGCACACACGCACCACAGAGACGGUCUAGCAAGAGACAGGCUAACGGCACCCGAAUCUGAGCGGGAGAAACCGGAGAGAGUGGCUUCAACUUCCAUUUAUUUAUCCUCAAUGGGCUCAAACUGGAUGGGACCAGACUUGGAAGUGACGAUGUCCAAGUUACCACACCGUUCUAUAUUAGACCCUCCUUGUUAGACCUUUCGAAAUAACUCGCCCACCGCUCUGAGGCUUAGAACUGAGGGGCAGAGAGAAAAAGAGAGGAGAGUGAUAGAGGAAGAGAACGAGAGGCACUCUGGGCCCCAUGCAGGCGCGUAAGAAGUAUGUCCUGCUGGGGCUGUGUGCUUGCUGUUGGCUGCUGCUCUUCUACUGGGGAGGCGGGGUCCAGGUCCGUCUCUUCAAGCUGCUGGGGCGGCCAAGGGGUGAGGUGGUGCGUCCUUGGCCCAACUGGACCGACCGGGCCUUCCUGCCGGGCUAUGCCCAGCUGGAGGAACUCCAGACGGGGCCAGGUUCCGCCGAGUCCCCCCACCAGCGUCACCAAGCCUGGACGGGCAUCUAUAAAGACAGUCGCUGCCGCAUGGACACCUGCUUCGACUUUACGAGAUGUCGACGUAGAGGGCGGGACGGGUUUAGAGUAUACGUCUACCCGUCGGAGAAGGGCGAGCGCAUAUCGGAGAGCUAUCGUAAGAUACUGAUGUCUAUAGGCGAGUCGCGGUACUACACCACGGACCCUCGCGAGGCGUGUCUGUUCGUUUUGGGGAUUGACACUCUGGACCGAGACCAGCUCUCGGGGCAGUUCGUGCCCAACCUGGACGAUCGUAUCAAAGGUUACCCGCUCUGGAACGAGGGACGGAACCACAUUGUCUUUAAUCUGUACUCGGGGACCUGGCCCAACUAUAACGAGGACCUGGGCUUCAAUAUUGGCCAGGCCAUCCUGGCUAAAGCCAGCCUCAACACGGAACACUUCAGGCCCGGGUUCGACGUCUCCAUCCCCCUGUUCUCCAAGGAGCACCCCCAGAAGGGGGGCGAGAGGGGCUGGUUGGUGCGAAACACAGUGCCCCCACGCAGGAAGUACCUGUUGAUGUUCAAAGGGAAGCGGUAUCUAACGGGCAUCGGGUCGGACACCCGUAACGCCCUGCAUCACAUCCAUAACGGGAAGGACAUCGUGUCCCUCACCACAUGCCGUCAUGGGAAGGACUGGGAGAAACACAAAGAUGCCCGCUGUGACCAUGACAACCUGGAGUAUGAGAAGUUUGAUUACCAGGAGCUGCUCCACAACUCCACCUUUUGCCUGGUUCCUCGGGGGCGUCGCCUGGGCUCCUUUCGCUUCCUAGAGUCUCUACAGGCGGCGUGUAUUCCAGUGUUGCUCAGUAAUGGUUGGGAGCUGCCCUUCUCUGAUGUCAUCCAGUGGAACCAGGCUGUCAUAGAAGGAGAUGAGCGAUUGCUACUGCAGGUCCCAUCUACAGUGCGCGCGGUGGGAAAUGAGUGGGUCCUGGCUCUGAGGCAGCGCACUCAGAUGCUGUGGGAGGCUUACUUCUCCUCCGUGGACAAGAUAGUCCUCACCACACUGGAGAUAAUCAAAGACCGGGUGUUCUCCCACAUCUCCAGAAAUAAGUACAUGUGGAACGCCUUACCAGGAGGCCUGCUCGUCCUGCCAGAGUACUCCACACACUUGGCCCACUUCCCCUUCUACUACCUGAGCUUAGGGGUCAGUCCAGGUCAAGAGUUCACCGCCAUCAUCCAUGCCGUCUCUCCGUUAGUCUCCCAGUCUCAGCCAAUCAUGAAGCUGCUUCAGGUGGUCUCCAAGUCCAAAUACUGUUCACAGAUCAUCAUCCUGUGGAACAGUGAGAAGCCGCCGCCCCACAGGAGUAAAUGGCCACCCAUGCCUGUCCCCCUCACCGUGACAGACGGUAGGAGGAAGACGAGCAGUCGUUUCCUGCCCAACGUGGCCAUAGAGACAGAGGCAGUACUGAGUCUGGAUGAAGAUACAGUCCUGCUGACCAGUGAGGUAAACUUUGCCUUCUUGGUGUGGAGGAGUUUUCCUGAGCGUAUCGUGGGCUACCCCCCUAGGAGUCACUUCUGGGACCCGGUGAAGCAUGCGUGGGGGUACACCUCCAAGUGGACUAACGAAUACUCCAUCGUUCUGACGGGAGCAGCCUUCUACCACAGGUACUAUCACUACCUGUUCUCCCACUACCUGCCCCCCUCACUACGGGCACUGGUGGACCGCACUUCCAACUGUGAGGACAUCCUCAUGAACUUCCUGGUUUCCUCCGUCACCCACCUGCCACCAAUCAAAGUGGCCCAGAGGAAGCAGUACAAGGAGCUGCCCAGCCCACAGGUGAGGCGACACCCAUCGAUGGUGAAUUUGACCAAUGAGCUGCCCAGCCCACAGGGUACGAAGAUGAGCGCUCCGUGGGCCAACCCAGAGCACUUUACCCAGAGACAGGAGUGUGUGAACAGCUUUGCCAGAUGGUUUGGCUACAUGCCCCUGGUCCACUCCCAAUUCCGCCUGGACCCCCUGCUCUUCAAGGACCAGGUGUCUGUCCUGCGCAAGAAGUACAAGGACCUGGAACGUGCAUGACAGGGACCAAGACAGAAACACUGUGUGGAGGCCUGGUCUGGUGGUUAAAUGUAGACAGAACCUGGUGAUAAAAGGAGGGAGGGGACCGAAAGCUAAGAGAGACUCCGCCUCCAGGGGUCUGAGACAACAGGCUAUUGGAGGAGUAAACAUAUGGAGGAAGCCUUAUGUCCUCGGUGGAAGAUGCCACUCACUCCCAUUGCGGUUUGAAUGGAGUGGAACUUCAUAUCAAAGGAAGGCGCCAAGUGGACAGUUAAUGGUGCAGUGCACUCCAGCUGGUGUAUUUCUACAGUACACCGGCGAGUUGAGAAUGUCGCACAGCGAUUGGUUCAUUCCACGUAACUAUAAGACCAAUUAAAACAGUGCAAACGGCAGAUUUCAAAACAUGUAGACUUGACAUCACAAAGCAUCACUUCAACUGCAUUCACCAGACCCUUAAAAGUAUCCAAGGCAAAGCAGACAUUUCUCACAAUGUAUUUAUUUUGUAGAAAGACUCAGUAACCUAUUGCUUGUGCUUUCUCCGAGAUCAUGCAGUGUACAAAAAUAGAUUCACACUUCCUCAGCAGUCGGCAUGCAAGGUUCUUAACCCUUAAGGUAAGCAGGGGGGUGUUGCCCAACCCUCAGGAAGCUAACCUCAAGAAUAAUGCUAAAACACACAAACACCUGAGAUAAAUAGCUGCCAGUGGCGAUGAGAUCCCAUUGUCUUCAACUCAGCUUACAGGUGACAGUCACUAGUUGGGACUAGAAUAAGGGCAGAUUUUUUUGCUGAUACUAGAUCAGCCUUUUGUGCACCGAGUAAAAUUCACAACACUGAAUUCAAGUUUAUUUAGCUGGUCCUGAGUCAGUGCUUACCACUCAAACAAAAGGCAGGAAAUUCACCUGAGGCUUGGCAAGUCUGAACUCAUAAUAUCGGAGUAAAAAAUAAAAUAAAGAUACUGACAGUACAAAA